CGGUGUUGUCGUUGCAGCUGGAGAUGCCGGCCCGGACCGGGGCCCCGCCGAGCUGCUCCGGGCUGGAUCUCCGCACCGCGCUGCCGCCCGCCAGCCCGCCCAGGGGGCACCGGCCCGCGCCCGGCCUCCCGUCAGCCCGCGCCCCAAGCCAUUGUAAGUUUGGUGUCUUGGAAGUAUGGAAUCAAUCUCUAUGAUGGGAAGUCCCAAGAACCUCAAUGAAACUUUUCUACCAAAUGCUGCCAAUGGCAUCAAGGAUGCCAGUAAGGUCACGAUAGGCAUCAUUGGAAGUGGAGACUUUGCUAAGUCAUUGACAAUCAGACUUAUCAGAUGUGGGUACCACGUGGUCGUAGGGAGCAGAAACCCUAAACACGCUGCUGACUUCUUUCCCCAUGUGGUUGAUGUCACUCACCAUGAAGAUGCAGUAGCUAAAACAAACAUAAUUUUUGUAGCCAUACACAGAGAACAUUACACCUCUUUGUGGGAUCUCAAACAUUUGCUUGCUGGUAAAAUUCUGAUUGAUGUCAGCAAUAAUACAAGAGUAGACCAAUAUCCAGACUCCAAUGCAGAGUAUUUGGCAUCACUUUUUCCUGAUUCCCUAAUUGUCAAAGGAUUCAAUGUCAUUUCAGCGUGGUCACUACAGUUAGGACCAAAAGAUGCCAGCAGACAGGUCUAUAUAUGCAGUAACAAUGUUCAGGCCCGCCAUCAAGUUAUUGAGCUUGCCCGUCAGCUCAGUUUCAUUCCUAUUGAUUUGGGGGCGUUGUCAUCUUCAAGGGAGAUUGAAAACCUGCCUCUGCGACUGUUCACCCUGUGGAAGGGGCCUGUACUCAUUGCCAUUAGCCUGGCAACAUUUUUCUUCAUCUAUUCCUUUGUCAGAGAUGUCAUCCAUCCGUACAUGAGAAAUCAGCAGAGUGACUUUUACAAGAUUCCCAUUGAGAUUGUGAACAAGACCCUGCCAAUUGUUGCUAUCACUUUGCUCUCUCUAGUAUAUUUAUCAGGACUCAUUGCAGCUGCUUAUCAGCUUUACUAUGGCACUAAGUACCGGCGCUUUCCUCCUUGGCUGGACAACUGGCUCCAGUGUCGAAAGCAGCUUGGACUGCUCAGCUUUUUCUUUGCAUCAGUGCACGUGGUGUACAGCCUCUGCUUGCCUAUGAGGAGAUCAGAGCGGUACUUAUUCCUCAACAUGGCAUAUCAACAGGUUCAUGCGAAUAUUGAAAAUUCUUGGAAUGAGGAAGAAGUGUGGCGAAUUGAAAUGUAUAUCUCCUUUGGAAUAAUGAGUCUUGGAUUGCUUUCUUUGCUGGCAGUAACUUCCAUCCCUUCAGUAAAUAGUGCCUUAAACUGGAGGGAGUUCAGUUUUAUUCAGUCUACACUUGGAUACAUUGCUCUGCUUAUAAGUACUUUCCAUGUACUGAUUUAUGGAUGGAAGAGAGCUUUUGAAGAAGAGUAUUACAGAUUUUAUACACCACCAAAUUUUGUUCUUGCCCUUGUUCUGCCUUCCAUUGUAAUUGUAGGUAAGAUCAUCUUACUUUUGCCAUGUGUAAGUAGGAAACUGAGGAGAAUUCGAAGAGGAUGGGAGAAAAGCCAUGUUAUAGAAGAAGUAAGUGGGUCUGUUCCACAUCUCUCCCCAGAAAGGAUUACUGUAAUGUGAUUAUAUUUGUUAACACCGUUGUACAUGUUUGGGCUUUGAUUUUUAAUUUUUUUUUGUCUAUGUCAAAUAAACUUGCAUUUUUAGGAGUUUAGUUAAGUAGGAGUCUUUGUAAAGUCUCUUGCUUGACAUAUAUACAAGCUCUUAACCAAACUAUGAGAAGUUUAUAACUAGAAGACAACUAUUUCUGUUAACUACAAAAAUAUUUUUCUUUUGAAUUACAGAAGGCAGAUGAUUAUGAAAUAAAUAAAAAAAAAAUUUUCCUUUGAACAGUUAUAUCACAAUAGUAUUAUAUUAGAAACGGGCUUUACAGAUAUUUUUUUGACUUAGAGCAUAUGUGUCAGAGUGCUGUUUAUUAUAUGACAUUUUCUAGGCAGUGUUUCUUCUAUUAAAACCACAUUUCUGGGUUAAUGAGUUCAAAAUGUAAAUUAUUUAAGAAAUAACUAGAAUUUGAAACAAAUUAAUUUGUAAUGCUCACAGAAUCACAGAAUGGUUUGACUUGGAAGGGACCUUAAAGAUCAGUAAGUUCCAAAGCCCCUGUCAUGGGCCUUGACAACUUUAACUAGACCAAGUUACUCAAAGCCCCAUCCACCCUAGCCUUGAACACUUCCAGGGAUGGGGCAUAAACAACUUCUCUGGACAACCUGUGCUAGUGCCUCACCACCCUCACAGUAAAGAAUUUCCUCCAAAAAUCUAAAUCUAAACCCAAUCUAAAUUGACUCUCAUUUAGUUUAUAACUAUUCCCCCUUGCCCUGUCACUACAUGCCAUUGCCCUCUCCUGCAGGCUCCCUUCAGGAACUGGAAAGCUGCAAUUAGGUCACCCCUAAGCCAUCCCUUCCAGGCUGCACAAACCCAAUUCUCUCCACCUUUCCUCCCAGGAGAGGCUCCCCAGCCCUCUGACAUCUCAGUGGCCCUGCUCUGGACUCCAACAGCUCCAUGUCCUUCCAGUGCUGGGACCCCAGAGCUGGGUGCCGUGUUCCAGGUGGGGUCUCUCUCACCAGAGCAGAGCAGAGGGACAAAACCUCCCUGCCCUGCUGCCCACGCUGCUCUUGGUGCAGCCCAGGACACGUCUGGCUCUCUGGGCUGUGAGUGCACAUGGCUGGGUCAUGUCCAGCCUCUCACCCAGCAGCACCCCCAGGUCCUUCUGGGCAGGGCUGCUCUCAAUCCCUUCAUCCCCAGCCUGUGUGGAUACUGGGGGUUACCCCAGCCCAGGUGCAGCACCUUGCACUUGGUCAAGUGUAUUGCACAUGUACAGUAUAUUUAUUUGUGUGUGGUUUUACACCAUUACAUGAUUGGAAUAUGCAAACUCGGUCUCAAUUAUGGUGUGACUGUACAUCUUGUAAGCAAAGGGUAUUGUACUGAACUGUCUUUUUUUUUUUUUUCAAAGUAUUAAGUAGGAUUUUAGAUCUUUGACAUCUCUUUAUUUCCAUACAUCAUAUAAUGAAGAUUCAAAACAGUGCUAUACAUUUAUAGAAAGAUACAUGUGUAAACUAGUUUUUGAUUUUUUAAUGACUUUGAAAUAUGUGGAGAUAUUUUAAAACAAAAAGAAAAGCUGAGAAUUCAGCAACAAUAAAAAUCCAUUUUCACUGUGAAACUUCCAAUAUAUUGGAAGCAUCACAAUGAUCAUGUUCUGUAUGUGUCUACACUGGAGUUUCAGUUAUUAUAUAUGAAUUUCCCAGAAUGUGUCUUAAAUUCUUAGUAUCUUUUUGUGCAAAUCCAAUCCUCUAUUUUUAUAUAAAGGUCUAACUUUUACAAAUGUCUCUGGGAUAUGCCUGAAGUUUUGAGAAACCAAAUUAUUAUUACUAUACUUAAAAAUCUCUAAACCUUGACAUUCGCAUUUGCUGUCAGAUUCUAAAUAAUGUUCACAAUUACUUAUUACUACUGCUGUGUCAGUAGUAAUUACUCUUCUCUAACAAAACAACCAAACUCAACUCAUACCUUCAGGCUGCUACUGCUUAAUUAGCAGAACUUCUAUUUCAGUGAAUCAGAUUGUGUAUUUGAUUCUAUUUUUCUUGUAUUAAAUUAUAUUUUUUCUUAUCUAUAUUUGCACUGUUUAAAAUCUCUGAUUUUCUUAGCUGAACCUUCUCUUAUUAUUUAUUGCUUUGAAAGAAUUUGGCCUAUCAUGUAUCAGAAAUAUAUAGAAUUAAGCUUGAAUUUAUCCUUAAACAUCACUGGUCCUGUAAAUCUCAUUAUCUCUGCUUGUAAUGAAAUUAACAGCUUCACAGAAAAAGAAGAUUCUAGAAUCAAACUCUGCCCCCAGUUAUGCCAACCUAAGCCUAGAAUUCAAAGAAUUCAUGUUAGUUGUUCUUUAAUUAAUUUAAAAUUCAAAAUAUCUACAACUAUUUUAUUUUUAUUCUAGUAUCCAAUUUCCCCAAACUUAUACAUCAAGCCUGUGUAUAUUCUGGGUUUGUUGCAAAAUGAGAAACAGUUGAACUUCCUUUCAUUUUAAGCAUGUUCAAAUGUAGAGAUGAAAAAUAAAAUACUUGCAUGAUGUUUUUGCAGAAUUAAAGUAUUUUUAUAUGUCUUUAGACAUGUUUUGUAUUGAAUGAGAGACCAGUGGAUUCUUGAAAAUGGAGGUUUGUGAAUACAUUUUUUGAAAAAAACUACUGUUACAUGGGUCAACAGAGAUUUGAUACUUUAUUUUAGUUCACAAAUUUUCAAUUUCAAGUAGUUGGAAAGCUCAGAUUUAUCCUCCUUUUUAAGCCUUAUUGAGGAGUCAAUUGGAAGGAACAUAAUUAAUUUUAUUUCAUAAUUAAUUUUAUUUUUGGAAAAAUAAAUUCUAAUAACAGCAAUAAUUGGUCAGGCUAAGUUUUUUGAGUCUUGUCUCCAGUAGCUGACAAGUGGCAGAUGCUUCUAAAAAGAAAGCAAGUGUCCAGUGAUUUUUUUUCCUAACACAACUUCUCAGCCUCUUGGAAAUCAAUAAUUUUGGAUUUAUUCGAGACAGGUGCUGCCUCUGGAUUACUGUAUUUAAUAGCUACAUUCUCCAAAAAUGUAUCAAACAUUCUAAGAAUUUGAAACCCUCCUAUUUUUUAACAGAAAAAAAGGUUCAGUAAAUAUAUCCAAUAAACUAAAAAAUGUUUGCAUUCUUUCUUUUUUCCAAAACCAAAUAAGUUUGUUUCAGGGUAUUUAUUUGAUUGUUCCUCCUCCAAUAUGCAGCUAUUUCAGAGAUUGCUGGUGAUAUACAAGUACAAUACUUUUUUUAUCCAACAUUCUAGACAUUAACUGAAAACCCUGUUGCUGCUGGAGACAGACAGGAGCUUAAACUAUUACAAAUGAUGUUUUCACAUAAAAAUGAAGAACAAGUAACAAUUAUGACUUCUAACCUAACUUUGUCUGUAAUGGCAUUCCAAAAGGUGUACAUUUCUUAAAAGGCUUGCAGAAUUGAAUGUCCUGGACUGUUUCCUAUUUCACUAUUGCAGAGUGAAACCCCAGUCCUGCACAUGAAACCUAAUUAAAAUCACUAGAAUGGGGUGGUAUAACUGAGAGUAGAAUUUCAUACCUCUGAACAGAUUUAGGCAGAAAGUAUUACCAUUGACAAUCUGACUACAUUUGAAAAUUAAAUACGCUGCUAAUAUUUUAUGGUAAUUUUACAUUUCUGUGGAAUAUGUAGUUAACAUUCCUGUUCCCUACAAUUAUUUAAUUAUUUUGAUGCAAUAGUGAUAAUGUUGCAGAACUAUGAUAUUGUACUAACUGAGAAAUACUGUCAAAGUCCAUAGAUACUGUACUGUAAUGAAUCCACUGACAGUAUAUGCAGAAAUGUAUUGGCCCUCUUUCCUAUGCAAAAAGUUACUUCAUCAUUAAAUUUCUUCAACACUGACUAUACUGCAAAAUUUUAACCUGCCAAAGAUGUCUGGAGAGAGUAAUGAUGAGUCAUUCCUAUUUUCAAAUUGUGUGUAGAAAAUUAAAAAUGUGUUUUAACUUUAUAUGUUACUUGAAAGGUUGAAAUAUUAAAGUAUUAAUAAAUAGACAGUAUUUUUAGAUCAACUAUGUGUAGAUAUUUUGUGAAAUAUUUGUGCUACAAAAGUGACAUAUGAUUUCCUGUUAGGCCCUGUAUUUACCUCUAACUGGAAGAGCAUGUUGACUUGUUAUUUAAUAUUUUGUAGUGUUCUUUAAGGACCAAUUCAUUCUAACAAAACACUGUUAAGCCUGAAGGUAAACAAUGCUCAUACAUUUAGCAAACUUUAUAUCCAGCAUAUGUUUUGUCCCACAAGGGAUCUUUAUUCAUGUGACCAAACACAUAAACUCAGCAUAGGCUUCUCAUUGGAAAAAUACCUGAGGCUAAUUGUUUCAUUUAGAUUGCCUAAAUGUAAACAACUAAAUUCAUGUAGACAUCUUAGUUACUUAGGAGAAUAAAUACAUAUUUUGGGGAAUAGUCUACUAUAAAAUUAUUUUUGUGUAGCCUUAUAUAAAUUGCUUAACUGCCUAAUGAAAAUAAGUAAUUAAAUAAGCCUAAUUUCUCUUAAUUAUUGUACAGUGUAAAAAAUAGAGCUUAAUAUGUGAUACAGAAUUGUACACGUAUUAUAAAAUGGAGACUUCUAUGUAUUUAUCAACAGGUUAUUUGUUUUCCAUGGAUAUUAAGGUGUUCUUUCUUGACAUUGUCUAAAACAGAGUUCUGUCAUAGGUUCCAUGUGUCUUUAAUUUUAACUUAAAAUUCUAUUAACUGUUGCAACUAUGUACAAGUUAAUUAAGUGCAGAUGUCCUUGAAUUAUUUAGAGUUUUUGAGUUAUUCAGAGAUUAAUUAUUUUGUAAUUGUUUUGCAAGUUUUUAGCUUGUGGUAAUGGUUACUGUGAAUUUUUGCCACAUUUAAUUUUUUGUUCCAACAUUGUAAAUUUUAUGAUGUGCCAAGAAUAUUUUUAUUUGGCAUUAAUUGCCUAUAAAAUAGUGUGUCUCUAUGUUUGUGUCUCUAUGGUAUUAGCUACCCAACUGCCAUUAAAGGAAAUAGUUAAUUAAUAUAAGGCAAUGAGUUCCCCAGUGGUAAUAAAUUUCACAGGUGUAAAUACAGUUAGGAAACAGCUUUCCUCUGAAAGUUAGAUAUAUCAGGUGUAUAAAAAUUAGAUUGAAUUUUUCAGUGUAAUAUUUUCACAUAUGCAGUGGUAAUGAAUGCAUAUGCAUAGUUCCUUGCAGACAGUGCAUCUCCUAAUACACAAGGUUUUGGUUUCUUGGCUGUUCAUCCUGUAGUAUUUUCUGUCAAUAUAAUGAAUAAUGUUGCAGUACUGAUAUUGUAUCACCAUAUGAUACUGCUUGAAUUAAUUAGAUUACAGCCUUUAAAAUAAGUGACACAUUUAACUGUCUUGAACAGUGAUCUCUGUCAUUAUAUAUUGUUUCUCACGCCUUGUUGGCAGUGUCUUACAGUAAGAAUAAUAUGUCUCCCAUGUGUAAUAUUCUCUUUGUAGUUGUGUUUGUCAGACUGUUUGUGCUAUCUCUCUGAACAGGGCUAUUAUAAAUUAUUAGUAAUGCUCUUAUCUAUUUUUCCACAGACUGUGUUUUACACAAAAAUCAAUAAAAAAUCAAUGUAAGGUA